ACCUGGCACAUCACUGCAUCACUUUGGAAUAAUUGGUCAUGCCAUGGGCUUGGGCACAAGGUCCUGCAUCUGAUCUGGGGCUGAGAGCUGUGGAAUGUCAGUCUGGAAGUGCCACCCGGAGGGGACAGCUGUGUGAGCGAGGAGCAGGCAUGCACCAAGGGCUGAAAGACAGGCUUUGAUGAGAGUUACUGGGUUCCUGGAUCCAGCCAUGCCUGAAGGAGAUACACCAUCAGUGUACUGUCAGAUGUAUGCCCCGUUGAACCGCGGUUUCUAUGCCCUCUUCUCCACACGUGAGGAGCAUAGCCACCUGUUUGGACAGGCCUCUGAACCCCUCCUCCGCCAUCAGGACAUCCCAGGCUGGGACCACCCUCCAGAUGGCACACAGGAGCCUUCUGUAUUCCACUGUAUGUGCCCUAUGUGCUGACUGGCCGCUGGCCCUUCGGCCGGGGCCUCUGCAAGCUGUGGCUGGUGGUGGACUAUCUACUCUGCACGUCCUCCGUCUUCAACAUCGUGCUCAUCAGCUAUGACCGGUUCCUGUCCGUUACCCGCGCUGUCUCUUACCGGGCCCAGCAGGGCAACACGCGGCAGGCGGUGUGGAAGAUGGCGCUGGUGUGGGUGCUGGCCUUCCUGCUGUACGGGCCGGCCAUCCUGAGCUGGGAGCACCUGUCGGGCGGCAGCUCCAUCCCUGAGGGCCACUGCUACGCGGAGUUCUUCUACAACUGGUACUUCCUCAUCACGGCCUCCACGCUCGAGUUCUUCACGCCCUUCCUCAGCGUCACCUUCUUCAACCUCAGCAUCUACCUGAACAUCCAGAAGCGCACCCGCGACCGGCUGGACGGGGUCCGAGAAGCCACUGGCCCGGAGCCCCGACCAGAGGCCCAGCCCUCUCCGCCAGCCGCACCUGGCUGCUGGGGCUGCUGGCAGAAGGGGCAGAGGGAGGCCAUGCCACUGCACAGGUAUGGCGCCGGGGUCGGCGAGGUGGCCCCUGGCACUGAGGCAGGGGAGGCAGCCCUGGGGGGCAGUGGUGGGGGCACUGCAAACUCGCCCACCUCCAGCUCAGGCAGCUCCUCGCGGGGCACAGAGCGGCCUCGCUCGCUCAAGAGGGGCUCCAAGCCGUCGGCGUCCUCUGCGUCGCUGGAGAAGCGCAUGAAGAUGGUGUCCCAGGGCAUCACCCAGCGCUUCCGGCUGUCUCGGGACAAAAAGGUGGCCAAGUCGCUGGCCAUCAUCGUGAGCAUCUUUGGACUCUGCUGGGCCCCAUACACCCUCCUGAUGAUCAUCCGGGCUGCCUGCCACGGCCACUGCGUCCCCGACUACUGGUAUGAGACAUCCUUCUGGCUACUGUGGGCCAACUCAGCAGUCAACCCAGUCCUCUAUCCACUGUGCCAUUACAGCUUUCGCCGGGCCUUCACCAAGCUGCUGUGCCCUCACAAGCUCAAGGUCCAGCCUCACAGCUCUCUGGAGCACUGCUGGAAGUGAGCUGGCUAACCAGGCCCCUCUGCCCACACCGUGGUUUCUGGGCAGCUGCCGCCUCCUCUUCGGCCCACACUUUUGCCAUGUGGCCUCUCUUAGACCACCUGCCUGCCGUGAAGGCAGCUUGGUGGGCUGGCCGAGGACCCUACUGCCUGAACUGGAAUGUGAGUGGCUAGCCCUGCCACCCAAAUCCUCUCUUCCCCAGGAGGGACAAUCUGGGGGUCUUAGCCACAAUGUCCACCUCCCCGCAGACAGUGUGGCAACCAGUGGGUCCACCGUUUGCACAGUUACUGCUUGGUGUUCUUCCCAAAGCAAGCGCGUGGCGUGUGCUCCAUGCUUUCUACCCAGCAGUUUGCUCCUGCAUGUGCGCGCACGCCUGCACACACCUGCACACACCUGCACACCUUCCCUUGCUCCAGACCGGCCCGGGCUACCGGCUCUGCAGCCAUCUGCCCCUUCUUAAGCCCGGCCCGACUCCUUCAGCCCUCUUUCCUCCAACUCUCUCUGCCCCCAAAGUGCCAACAGCUUGCUGCUGUUCUCUGCUUUUCCAUUCUGGGUGUUUCAGGAAGACAAAGAAGAGGAAAACACAUCUGUGAACUCGAUGUUCCUUGGAUGUUUAAUCAAGAGAGACAAGAUUGCAGAGGAGCUCAGGGCAGGAUUGGCAGGUGUGGGCUCCCACGCCCUCUCUCCUCGUGCUGCUGUUUCCGGCUGAGCUGCACCAGCUGCUUCUGCCCACCCUGCCCCUGGCUCGGGUGCUGGGCCGGACUGGUGGCUCUGAAAGUGGUCAAAGCCCGGAUACCUGCUGUCAGCAGGCUGCUACCCCACUUCCUCUGCUCAACCAGUGUUUCCUGGGGCUGACGGGUCCGGGGGCCCCGGCCUGCCCUGAGGGUCCUGAGGCUUGCAGGGCAGUCAGAGGGACCAGGCCCGGGUGCCCAGUGGAGGGUCCGCUUCGCCACAUUCCGUGCGCCCUGUGGCACCCUGCAUGCUCCACGCCCCCUGGACCCGUUGAGCCGGCCUGUAGACUCUGAGGUCCACAGUAAAGUGUAUUUUUUUAUU